GAGACGCAACUCGCGGUUGGCCGGUGCGCUUUCCUCAGCGCUCUGGCGAUUGGUGGCGGGCCGGGCGCGCGGCGCUGAUUGGGCGGCAGACCUCUCCGGCCCCGCCCCGCCGCCGGGGCCGACUGGCGGAAGGGGAAGUGGGGGGGCAGGCGGCGGUGGGGAAGAUGGCGUACCAGAGCCUCCGGCUGGAGUACCUGCAGAUCCCACCGGUCAGCCGCGCCUACACCACCGCCUGCGUCCUCACCACCGCCGCUGUGUUGGAAUUGAUCACACCUUUUCAGUUGUACUUCAAUCCUGAAUUAAUCUUUAAACACUUUCAAAUAUGGAGGCUAAUCACCAAUUUCUUAUUUUUUGGUCCGGUUGGAUUCAAUUUUUUAUUUAACAUGAUUUUUCUAUACCGUUACUGUCGAAUGCUAGAAGAAGGCUCUUUCCGAGGCCGAACGGCAGAUUUUGUAUUUAUGUUCCUUUUUGGUGGAUUCUUAAUGACUCUCUUUGGGCUGUUCGUGAGUCUGGUUUUCCUGGGCCAGGCCUUCACCAUAAUGCUCGUGUACGUGUGGAGCCGAAGGAACCCGUACGUCCGCAUGAACUUCUUCGGCCUUCUCAACUUCCAGGCCCCCUUCCUGCCGUGGGUGCUCAUGGGCUUCUCGCUGUUGUUGGGGAACUCUGUCAUCGUGGACCUCCUGGGCAUUGCGGUUGGACACAUCUACUUUUUCUUGGAAGACGUAUUUCCCAAUCAGCCUGGUGGAAUCAGAAUUCUGAAAACACCAUCUAUCUUGAAGGCUAUUUUCGAUACGCCAGAUGAGGAUCCAAAUUACAAUCCGCUACCCGAAGAGCGGCCCGGAGGCUUCGCGUGGGGCGAGGGCCAGCGCCUCGGCGGUUAGAGCAGCAGCGCCGAUAAUGGGACCGGCUGGGAAGGACUCGGUGACACCCGCGGGGGUUGUUUUAUCCUUUGUGUUGCAAAAGCGCGGACACUUGACGGCUUGGCAGAGCUCAACUCCAGAAGCACUUUAUGAAAUGGUACACUAGUGAACCCAGCAGGCCGGGGGCGGUCGGCCAGCGGCUUCUCGCCACGCCGGCCCGGCCCGAAAGCGCGACCCCUCGGAGCCAAACAACUGGAGACACAAAGCCGCCGCCGCCGCCGCUCGCGAGCAGGUGCGGGAGGCCGGAGCCGUGUGGCGUGGGGCUCAGCUUCCCCUCCUCCUCCUCUUUGACAGACGAGGCCGUGGGGUAAAUGGAGGUUUCAGAGAGGACAAAAUAAAACUGAAUUCCGUCUCGC